ACUGUCCCCAUCCUCUAGACAGACGAGGUAGCUCCCAUUCUCGAAAGGCACCCUCUUCCUCGUCGCCGGCGACCUCACCCACCGCCUCUGCCGAGGAUGCCGGUGAGGGUGGUCGACACCGCCACUCCUUCCUCCCAGUCCUCCUCAGGUCAAGAUGCAAAUGCUGGACAACCGUCUCCUCCUAGCUGUUCACUCUUAAGUGCUGGAAGAUGUUUUGCUGGAACUCAAAACGUUUCAAGUCUACAGAAGGAUGAAGCAUGGAAAGUUAAUGUGCGCAUCCAUGGUUGUGAUCUUGAACAGGGUUAUUUAUGUGGGACAAUGGAAGCACUUAAUGUUCCCUUAGCUGAUACACCUGUAGUGACAUUUUGGGAGGGGGAGAUUGUAGAUGCUACAAAUUACACAUUUUUCACUGGCAAGUGGGAGGCAUCACCAGAGGAUGAUAUAAGGCACUGGUCCAAGUUCCCAUCAUUUACUCCUCUUCUGAGUCAGAUCGAGACAGAUGGUGGCAAGUCUUUGGACCUUAGCAACUAUCCUCAUAUAUUUAUGAGAUGGAAAGAGCAGUACUUUGUCAAUGUUGGAGUUGACUGUGGGUUAACCAUCGCUGGUUUCUACUAUGUUUGCUUUUCUUGUAGCGAUGGCUCCAUUAGUGGCUUUUAUUAUGAUCCAAAUAGCAGUCCAUUUCAGAAGCUUGAACUGAAGUGUACCAAUGAGAAACAUUCCGGAUUCACAUUUUCCUCAUAUGAGCUACAGUGACAGACACAAUGCAUUCUAACUUUCUGCAUGUCCAAUAUUGGCAUAUACAGUGUGUGUACUGAACUCAUUGUUCCUUGUGUUGCCCCAUUAAAAGAGAUGAGAUGGUGUGUAUGUAACAGUGGUUUCCAGUGAGACUAAGCAACUAUGCAAUUUGCCCCUUUUGUAAUCUGAACAGAAGCAGGCAGCUUUUCUUGUGUAAAAUAUACAUUUGUGUA